AUGCGUUUCUCUACAUUCGCUACUACUGCUGCUACUUUGCUAUUAACAGCUUCUCAAGUCUCCGCCAUCGGUGAUUUGGCCUUCAACCUAGGUGUGAAGAACAAUGACGGUACUUGUAAGUCUACUUCUGAUUACGAAAGCGACUUGAGUAAGUUGAAGCCUUACACUUCCACCGUCAAGGUCUACGCUGCUUCUGACUGUAACACUUUGCAAAACUUAGGUCCCGCUGCUGAAAACCAAGGUUUCUCCGUCUUUGUUGGUGUUUGGCCAAAUGAUGACGCUCAUUUCAACGCUGAAACUGCCGCUUUGCAAGCUUACUUGCCAAACAUUAAGGAAUCCACCGUUGCUGGUUUCUUAGUUGGUUCCGAAGCCUUGUACCGUGACGAUAUGACCGCCUCUCAAUUAGCUGAUAAGAUUAACAGUGUCCGUGAUUUGGUCGCUAACAUUAAGGAUUCUGAAGGUAACUCUUACUCUGGUAAGCAAGUCGGUACCGUUGAUUCAUGGAAUGUCUUGGUUGCUGGUUACAACGCUCCAGCUAUCCAAGCUUCCGACUUCGUCAUGGCUAACGCUUUCUCUUACUGGCAAGGUCAAACCAUGGCUAACUCAUCUUACUCUUUCUUCGAUGAUAUCAUGCAAGCUUUACAAACUAUUCAAUCCACUAAGGGUUCUACUGAUAUCACUUUCUGGGUUGGUGAAACUGGUUGGCCAAGUGACGGUAGUAACUUCGAAGCUAGUUACCCAUCCGUCGACAACGCUAGACAAUUCUGGAAGGAAGGUAUUUGUGCUAUGAGAGCUUGGGGUGUUAACGUUAUUGUCUUUGAAGCCUUUGAUGAAGACUGGAAGCCAGAUACCUCCGGUAUCAAUGAUGUUGAAAAGCACUGGGGUGUCUUCACUUCUGGUGACAGUUUGAAAUAUUCUUUGAGUUGUGACUUCUCUUCUAACUAA